AUGUUGACUAGAAUAGUUGCACGCAGAUGGAUGACAAAGAUGACAUUAUUCCAAUGGUUUCCCAAGACCUUUCCUAACGGGGAGCCACAAUGGAAAGUUGACACAUCAUUAUUAAGAAAAGAAUAUAGACAGUUACAAGCACAAGUGCAUCCAGAUGUUGUCAAUUCCAAGGGGAACAACGAGGACCAUUCUGCUCAAUUAAAUAAGGCAUAUCAUAUCUUAAGCCAACCAUUAGCAAGAGCCCAAUAUCUGAUUAAAUGUGUCAAAGGUGUGGACUUAACUAACGAUGAAGUAUCUAAACAAAUGACAAAUAACGAUCCCAUCUUGCUAUCUAAUAUUAUAGAUGUACAUGAAUCCCUAACAGAUUGUGAAAAUGAGAAUGAGAUAGCCAUAAUUCGUCAAGAAAACAAGAACAGAUUGAAACAAUUGAUACAAAAAUUAGAUAAGGAUUUUGAAUGCAAUGACUACGAUAAAGCAAUAUCCACUACCGUAGAAUUAAAGUAUUGGACCAACUUAGCUAAGGCAAUUAACGAAUGGACACCGGGAUCAAGAUUUGAAUUGCAUCAUUAA